AUGGGAGGUGACAUGACUCAUACGGCGAACGCCGGUCCGGCCUCUGGAGAGCGAUCUCUUCUGCACUCCUUGCAAGCAUCCAGGCCCAGGGCAUCAUUGCUGCAAACCACGGACAAAUUUGCAGCAUACCGCCAGCUCGUACCGUCACUGAGUGAUGUCGGGCCCAUCUUCCUGAACGCGGCGGGCGCGCCCCCAUCAAACAUGAUCGUCCACGAAGCGAUCAUCCGCUAUGCUUCAGAGGCCUUGUACGACUCCCACCCGCAGACGGGGUGGAAAGCCAAAGCAAAGGAAGCCCGCGAGCUGCUCUCGCGCUGUAUCAACGCCGACCCGAGCUCGAUAGCCUUCAAAAGGGACACUACCGAGGGCAUGGGGGACUUCAUCCGCAGCAUCCGCUUCCAGCCCGGGGGCAACGUCGUCGUAUUCGACAACGAGCACCCCAACCAAGUCUACGGGUGGAUGGCCCUGCGGGACGCUGGUCUGGAGGUCAGGCAGAUCCCUAGUAUUAGUGAUGUCGAGAGACUGGGCCAUGCGGUAGCGGCUAAUGCCGAUACCUUCCGCCCGUUCGUCGAUGGACGUACUCGAGCCAUUGGCCUCAGUUCCAUCAUGUUCGAUACCGGGCAGCAUAACGACGUCAAGGGCAUCUGCGCCGAGUUUCGCCCUCGAGGGAUCCACGUCCUUGCCGAUCUAGCCCAGCACGUGGGCUUUGCGCAAGUUGAUGUCAGGGCUAUGGGCGUGGGCUCAAACUGUCCGACUGGCAUUGCAGCUCUCUAUGUCGAUCCCGCCAUGAUCGCCGACCUCGACCCGACGCCUCCGAUCGUGAGCGUGUGCGGCAUCAGCGAUCCCCGCUCCGACUAUCUCGUCCCGGCAGAUCCAUUGGUCUUCCACACGACCGCCCAGAGGUUCGAGCAUCAGAAUCUCAGUCUGGUCGGGACGUGCACCGCGGGCGCUUUCCUCCGCUUCUACCUUGAUUCCAUGGGACCUCGAGAUGUUGAGGACCAUCUACAGUCUCUAGGCGACGUCCUGUUUCGAGAGUGCGACAAGCUGGGUAUUAAUAUCGUCAGUCCUCGUGAUCGCGAUAAACGGGCACCGCACCUCUACAUCCUGAAUCUGCGUGAUCCGCGAUGGAUCACUAUCUUGGAGGGGCACAAGAUCCGCAUGACGCCUAGCCGGUUGGGGAUUCGGAUCUCGUUUGGCUUUUAUAGCAACAUUGAGGAUGUAAUGAGGUUGGCGAGAGUUCUUGGCAAUGGCCUUAAUUAUCUCGGUGGUUGA